UGGACGAAAUUGUACUAUCGGAUGGUUUAGUUAUAAUUGUCUCUACAGAGACAUGGCUGUGUUGGCCAGUAGGGUCUCCCCCCAAUCCAACAACAAAUGCAGGAGAAAUCACAUAUUCGAAUUCACAUUUCUCAAGGAGGUCUACGUCACAUCUUUACAAAUCAGAUACCUCUAUAAAGAUGAACGAGCGAAGAUAACGUUGAUAUACACCACGGCCGACCAUGGCGAUUGGGUCUGUGACCAACAGCUGACCUAUGACCUAGACGAUUUAAAUAUGGUAGUGGAGUGUAAAACAAUAACUGCUGCCAAGACCUUUACAGUCAAAUUUGAUGAAGACAUCUACGUGUGCAAGAUACACAUCAAUGGUGGCAGAAACAUAGCCAGAGGGGGCUUCUCCUCCAUCAUUGUGAACGGGGUCGUCACAGAAAGUGACAUCAACGACAGGAUGGUCAUCGACCAGAUCGUUAAGGACGACUGCUACGUCAAGCACCUGCCUGACUCCAAAAUCACCUGGGUGACGGAGUUCUACAUGCCGCCCACGGUUGUGGAGGUUCUGGUCUACACCGCGGAUCAAGAUGGCCAAAAAAUGUCGGAUUUUACAAUCGACAUCGAGGCUGACGAAGAAGCCGAGGAUGUUAAUUACAAAUCCCAGAAGUUCCAGAACGUUCACUCGGUGUUGGUCCGGCCGCCGCGGAAGAUCAGGAAAAUAGAGAUCACCACAACAGGCACUCUGGUGCUGUGUGAACUCCAGGUCUAUGGCGAAUGUGGCAUUGGAAUGUUUGGUCCGGAAUGUGAUUAUGAAUGCUAUGAGACCUGCUUAGAUCAGGACUGCCAGUUUAUGGGUAUCUGUAAGGCGUGCCCCAAAGGCAGGACUGGACAAAACUGUAUGAAGCUUGUCAGCCCACCCUCAAACUCUUUAAAUGAGAGUGGUCAAGACUUUCGCCCACUCUUACAAUCAGCUAACGGGGAAAAUUCGGGUUCCGCCCUCAACUGGGGCAGAAUGAUUGGCAUCUUAACUCUCAUGUUCUUUGUGCUUGCGCUCAUUCUCGUUUUAAGAAAAUCAAGAACCACAGUACCUGCACCUCCAAUUGAGUGA